CCCCCAAUCUAUCAGCCCCAUAAUCUCGCAAUCAUGGGGUCUGAUCCGCAGUACAUCAAGUACCCCGACCUCAUCCUCGCCCAACAUGUCUUCAACCUCUCCAACCCUGCAUGCGCCUCUGCGACCCAACAGUCAUCAUUGAAGAAGCUGCAAGAUGUCAUCGCCGAGAACAAGAUGGCCCCUUUCUACCGGCAUCUCGCCCACCCGGUGGAGGGCAUCCUGAAUAGCUCCGGCGAGGGCGUGACACAACACCCCCACAACGCAGGGACUUCCAAGCCUCUCAUCAUCUCCAACAUGCUCGCCUCUCGGAAGUCGGGGCACAAGAUCGACUUUCCCUGGGAUGAAAAGCUCUACCAAUCACUGGUGGAGGAUAACAAGAAGGAGUUGGAGAGCUUCCAGAAGGAAGAGGAUGACGCAGAAGAAGCUGCCGGUGAGACCGAGGUGCAGGCCGCACGGGGAAAGCGCGCUGAAUUCUGGGCCCGAGUCGGAGAUAAGGACAAAGCCAUCGAGUCGCACGAAGCCCUCCUCGAGAAGACAGGAUUCCUCGGGACAAAGAUCGACUUGGUGCUUGCCAUGAUCCGCAUCGGUCUCUUCUUCGGUGACCGUUUGUUUGUCAAGAAGACCAUCGAACGCGCGGAGACACUGGUUGAGAGCGGUGGAGACUGGGACCGGAGGAAUCGCCUCAAGGCAUACAAGGGAAUGCACCUUCUCACAAUUCGGUCUUACAGCAUCGCCGCGCCUCUCCUUCUAGACAGUCUGUCUACGUUCACGAGCUACGAGCUGUGCAGCUACUCUGCGUUGGUCAUCUACUCGGUGCUUGCGGGAUCCUUGUCCCUCAAGCGAGUGGACUUUAAGGACAAGGUGGUGGAUGCCCCGGAGAUCAAGGCCAUCCUGGGUGCUGGAGAGGACCAGCUGGCUGCGCUGAGUGGAGAGGUUUCCUCCGGCCCCGGCGCACGGGAGGAAGAGAUGAAGGACGCGACGGAGUCGAGAAUCACCCCGGCCGGUGCGACCACUGCCGUCAACCUCACCUCCUUCGCCGCCGGCACCGCGCACGCCGAGAAUGAAGUGCCCGUGGACUUCUCACCGCUGGCCAAUCUGGUCAACAGCUUGUAUAAUGGCAACUACCGUUCGUUCUUCGUGGCUCUCGCCGGUGUGGAGGACGAGUUCCUGAACCAGGACCGAUACCUGCACGAGCACCGGGCCUGGUUCGUUCGUGAAAUGCGGCUCCGCGCCUACCAGCAGCUUCUCCAGAGUUACCGGGUGGUUGGGCUGACCAGCAUGGCCAACGACUUUGGUGUGACCGUGGAUUACCUGGACCGGGAUCUGGCCAAAUUCAUCUCCAGCAACCGCAUUGCAUGCACCAUUGACCGCGUCAACGGCAUCAUCGAGACCAAUCGCCCCGACGACAAGAACAAGCAAUACUCGGACGUGGUGAAGCACGGUGAUGCCUUGAUCACCAAGCUCCAGAAGUACGGACAGGCCGUUCGUCUUCGGGGUAGUGAGCGGAGUUAAUUGAAGUGUAUGAGCGGCGAUACCACCGGCCAUGACCCUAUCUAGCAUGCAACCUUUUUUCUAGAAUUACCACAUGCAAUUGUAUGUCUGAUGAAGAGUGG